ACUUUUUGGAAAGUGAACCCAAAGUGAUGCCGGGGUGAGGCAGACCCUCCCUUCCCCCCAAGUCCCCCUCCAGAACAGUUCCUCUUGGAUGCCAAUCAUGCUGCUCUGGCUGGGAGUGUGGGGCUCCUUGGGUCUGCUGCAAGGGAGGUGGGGCGCUGCCUCCUCUUCCUCCUCUGCUUCCUCUUCCUCUUCCCGGAAGGCCCUUGAGCCGGUCAGCGCGGAGAAGAGCUUGGCCUGGGGGCCGGGCCUGGAGGCGGAGCUUACCUUGCCCGCCAGGUAUUUCUACCUGCAGGCGGUCAGCAGCGACGGACGCAAUUGCACCCGCUCCCCGCCAGGACAAUUUAGUGUGUCAAUCAAACCACUUUCAUCCAGAGAAAGCAUCCAGAUCCAUGUUCCGAAGCUUUUGGACAGGAAUGAUGGCUCCUUUCUCAUGCGAUACCGACUGUAUACAAGUGUCAAGGAAGGAUUAAAGGUGGAGAUUCUUUAUGGGGACGCACACGUUGCUCAGUCUCCCUAUACCCUGAAAGGUCCCAUUUACCAUGAAUAUUGUGAUUGUCCAGAAAAAGAUGCCAAAGUGUGGGAGAAAAGUCUUUCUUGUCCAUCCAAGGAAGCUCAAAUUACUGAAGACUUUGCUGCAUUUCCUAGCAUUGAUCUCCAGCAGAUGUUUAAAGAGGUCCCACCAAGGUUUGGCCAAAGGAUGGGAGCCAUCGUUCAUUAUACGAUAAUCAAUAAUCAGAUUUAUCGUCGAACCUUGGGGAAGUAUACAGACUUCAAAAUGUUUUCUGAUGAAAUGUUGCUGUCAUUAGCAAGGAAGGUUCAUCUCCCAGAUGUAGAAUUUUAUGUUAAUGUUGCUGAUUGGCCCAUUGAACAUCGGAAAGCAAAUGACACUCCGGGCCCUGUCCCUAUCCUUUCGUGGUGUGGGUCUGUGGAUUCAGCCGACAUUGUGCUUCCCACUUACGAUGUCACCCACUCAACCCUUGAAACUCUGCGUGGCGUCACAAAUGAUCUUCUGUCUGUUCAAGGAAACACAGGACCUGUCUGGGAGAACAAAACCGAACAAGGUUUUUUCAGAGGUCGAGACAGCUCUGAAGAACGGCUUCAGCUUGUGAAACUCUCCAAGGAAAACCCAGAACUUCUGGAUGCUGGAAUAACGAGUUACUUCUUCUUCAGAGAAAAGGAGAAAGAGCUGGGGAACGUUCCUCUGAUGGGAUUCUUUGAUUUCUUUAAGUACAAGUACCAAGUGAGUGUAGAUGGUACUGUUGCAGCCUAUAGGUUCCCAUACCUCUUAUUGGGAGACAGUGUUGUGCUCAAGCAGUCUUCGCCAUACUACGAGUACUUCUAUAAGGAGCUUUUGCCAUGGAGCCACUAUAUUCCUGUUAAAAAAAAUCUAGAAGACCUGCUGGAAAAACUAAAGUGGGUUAAGGAAAAUGACGAAGUGGUUAGAAAAAUUGCUAAAGAAGGGCAAAUGAUUGCAAGAGAACUAUUGCAGCCUCAUCGGUUUUAUUGCUACUAUUUUAAAGUCUUCCAGGAAUAUGCUGAACGCCAAAGUGUUAAACCUGAAAUACGAGAUGGCAUGGAAUUUGUCCCUCAGCCCAAUGACAAAACUUCAUUAUGCGACUGCCACAGGAAAAAGCUUUCCAAGGAUGAACUAUAAAUGUGACAAAGGGAUCAAGGACGACAAUCUUUUAUAUGAGUGAUAAGCCAGGACUUUCAGUAGUAUUUAAAGCUGAGAAAAGUGGCGUUGUGGAAAAAUAUCAGUGCAAUGGAUACUUAGAACAAGUUGAACUAAUUAAGUGGAACUGAACUCUCAGGUAAGUAUGUAGAAGAUUGCACCUAGGUGUAUUUCCUCACAGUGCUAUAAGUGCCUUUUAGAAACCUGGCAUGAAAAGCCAGUCAGAUUGUGUUCUCCUGAACCUCACUUCCAUGUAUUGCUAAUGUAGCUGUGGGAGGUGGCAAGGAGACGUCACAUUUUAUCUUGAUCAUUUUCAAGAGUUCAGAGCUGUGCAUAUCUUCACAGGUAGAUAAGUAUUAUUUUUCAAACCAGUGAUUCCAAACCUUGUGUCUCCAGCUGUUAUUGGACUACAAAUAUCAAUAUGGCUGAUGGUUUAGAGACAAAUGAGAAUUUUAGUCCAACUGUAUCUAGGGCAGUGGCUCCCAAACCUUUUUGGUCAUGGAAACCUCCAGAAGAACCCUAACUCUGUUCCUGAUUUGCCCAUGGAACCUGUUUCUAAGCAUUGCAAACCUACAUAAUUCUUCCUCCUUCUUUCAUCUACUUCUAUUUCUUGGUGUUUUGUAUAAUGUAGUAUGUUUGGAAAUAAAGAUAUUCAAAUAUCA